UAACACCAUUUAAAUCAAUUCGAUAGCUUCACAACAUUUAAAUCAAAGACUGAUAAAUAAACGAACAGAAAAAUUAGAACCGGUUUAAAUUAUACAUAGGGUUUUCCCAGUUGACGAUUGCUGACCGUGACGUCUGCUACACAGUCGCAGACGGAGUACAUUAUAGUGUAGUCAAUUCUCAAUUGGCCAGUCUCGUUUGUGAUGCCUUUAACAUGAGUUACGCGAACUAAAAAACAAGUCUUUUUUUAUAAAUAACAACAGAAAGAAAUUUUAUUGUAUUUUUUUGUUUUAAAUUCAAAUAAAUAUCAAAAUGCGUGAUCCAAUAAUAUUAUUGUGUUUAAUUUUUUUAACUAUGUGCGGCAGUCAAAAUCCAGUUGAAGUGACAAAUAAAAGCCUUCAUUCAGGGUUGACGGAAAAAAUUGGAAAUUUUUCCAUGGAAUUACUUUAUUUUACGGCGCAAUCGCAACCUCCAGGUACAAAUUUGAUUAUUUCACCGAUUACAGUGUGGACUGUGUUGGCUGUGAUAACAGAAGGUGCAACUGGCGAAACUCUUAAACAAAUCUGUAAGGCUCUUCGGAUAUUACCAAAACGCAGAGCAGCUAUCAGAAAAGAAUAUCAAAAUAUCGCUCAAUGGCUCCAAGUUAAUACAACUACAGUGGAACUACAAAAGUUCAACGCUUUAUUUGUAGAUGAAAAAAGUUCUCCUUUAAUUGAUUUUCAAAGUGCAGCAAAAGAGUAUGACACCAGAAUGAUAGGUGUUAAUUUUACAGAUUCUAAUGUAACAUCACAAUUAAUUAAUGCAGCGGUAUCAACUGUUACAAGAGGUCGAAUACCCAAGCUGGUAGAAAGCAGUGACUUGGAUAAUUCAAAUUUAAUUUUAAUAAGUGCAUUAUAUUUUAAAGGACAAUGGACAGUACCAUUUAACUCAUCAUAUACAAAACCAGAAACAUUCUAUGAUAGUCAUGGAAAUAGAUUGGGACAGGUCAACAUGAUGUACAAUCGGCAUACAUACCCAUAUGCUAAUAUAGAGUCCUUGCAAGCUCGUGUAAUCGAGAUUCCUUAUGGACAAUAUAAUCGUUUGUCUAUGCUUAUCAUGUUGCCAUAUACCGGUGUGUCAAUAAAUCAAAUGUUUUAUAAUUUAGCGAACAUCUCAUUAGAUGCUGUGUUCGAGGAAUUAAAAGUAUCAGUAGAAGACUAUGCUGAUGAUGAAGUUGACUGCUUUAUACCCCGAUUUAAAAUAGUGUCGAGUCUCACCUUAAUGGAUUCACUUAAAAAAAUGGAUAUCAAGGAUUUAUUUGACCAAAGAAAAGCAAGAUUACCAUUAAUGACCCGUGUCCCUGUUUAUGUUUCUAAAAUUAUACAUAAAGCAGAAAUAGAAGUAACGGAAGAAGGAACCACUGCAUCAGCAGUAACUGGUGCAGAAUUUUCUAAUCGUAUUGGCAUUACACGGUUUGAAGCUAACAGACCGUUCUGCUACUUGAUCAUAGAAAAAGUGACUAAUUCAAUAGCAUUUGGUGGUUUCUACCACACUCCAUCAUUGUAUUGAUCAAAUAAAGUACAUUUAAACAUUUUAAAGAGAGCUGUGCAAGUUGUGGUUGAUAUUUUGUAUUGAGUUAACUUUAGUAAUACAAUAUUGUAAUAAUAUUAAUAAUAUUAAUAUUUCAUGGUAUGUUUAGAAUCUACUAUGUUACUUACUAUAUUGAAUCUCUAUUUCAUUAUUUGUCUAGACAAAGCUUCUGUAUACACGAUACUUCAACAAAAUUAUCAGCCAAUUUUUGGCUCAUAGCUUUGUUAAAUUUUUGUUUAAAGUAAACAUACACAUGCAGUAGGUACAAUGGAAAAAAACUAAAACAUUCAAUUUAAUUGAGGACAUAGAAGAUAGUAAAUUGACAUCACUCGGCUUGACCAUUAUGUAUGCAUGUAGAGCAUAUUAUGUAAAUAUAGAAAAUACACAUAAUGGUAUGCGUCCCAGCUAUUUAUGUUUGUUCUAUUUAUAUUGUGAUUGAACUACAACACUAAGCAAAUUAACAAUAAAAGCUUAUACUAUAUAUUUUUAUAAUUUAGAUUCUAAUUUCAAAAGUUACCUAUAUUAAAAUACAUGUAUUUCUAAAACAUGCGAUCUUAUAGCGUAAACAGUUAUAUUCAUUCUAAACAAUAAAAUUACUAUAUUAUGCAUUAUAAAAAAAAAACUAGAUGGCUAACAAUUGACAUGUUUU